AUGAACCGGAAAGAAAGCAAGAGGAAGGGCCACCCGGAAUGCUUGGGAACUGCACCUGGCCGGGGCAGGACUCGCCAGGGCCGGAGGCACAUGACUUGCCCCAGCCCCAGGGAGAUCACCAAAGUCAUGGCCUCCAUGACCCUGGGACCCCUUAGCAGCGGCUGCAGCCUAGACGAAUUACUGGAGAAAUGCAUUCAUUCCUUUGACACGGCUGGAGGACUGUGCCGAGGGGACCACAUGCUUAACAUGGCUUUGACCAUGCACAGCUGGGUGCUGUCCUCAGCUGACCUUGCCCGGCGCCUGCUCAGCAUGUACCAAGAGGCUAAAGGAGACCAUGGCGAACAGAAGCGGCUGAAGAUCUGUAACCUGGUCAGGUAUUGGAUGGGCCAGUACCCGGAGGCCCUGCACCUGGAACCCCACCUGGACGAGAUCAUCAGCAGCUUCUGGGAAGUGGUGGAACAGGAGGGCAACGCAGCGCAGAGGUGCCUCGGGACCCCCGCUCUGAGCCUGAGCGCCCCCGAGGGCCCCCUCCCCCCGCCCAACAGCCCGGGGCUGGGGAAGAAGCGCAAGGUGUCCCUCAUCUUUGACCACUUGCAGACGGGGGAGCUGGCAGAGCAUCUCACGGACCUAGAGUUCAGGGCUUUCCGGGCCAUCACGCCUCAGGACCUUCGGGGCUACGUCCUCCACGGCUCCGUUCAGGGCUGCCCAUCCCUGGAGGGCUCGGUAGGACUCACCAACAGCGUGUCCCGAUGGGUACAGAUCAUGGUCCUGAACCGGCCUGACCCAACCCAGAGAGGCCGGGUGCUGGACAAAUUCAUCCACGUGGCCCAGAGGCUGAGGCAGCUACAGAAUUUUAACUCGCUCAUGGCGGUUACUGGUGGCCUAUGCCACAGCGCCAUCUCCCGGCUCAAGGAUUCGCAUGCACAUCUGAGCCCUGACAGUACCAAGACCCUGCUGGAGCUGACCGAACUCCUGAGCUCCCACAACAAUUACGCCCUCUAUCGCCGCACCUGGGCCGGCUGCUCGGGCUUUCGCCUGCCUAUCCUGGGCAUCCACCUGAAGGACCUCGUCUCACUGCACCAGGCCAUGCCCGACCGCCUGCCGGAUGGGCAGCUCCACGUGGCCAAGCUUAACAGCCUCUACCUUCGGCUACAGGAGCUCAGGGAUCUCCAGGCCCAGAGCCCACCUGGCGGUGCCAGCGAGGACCUGAUCCAUCUGCUCAUGCUGUCUCUGGAUCUCUUUUACACAGAAGAUGAGAUUUAUGAACUCUCUUAUGCCCGGGAACCCCGAUGUCCUAAGACUCUGUCACCCUCCCCCUUCAAAGCACCUCUUGUAGUCGAAUGGGCUCCUGGAGUGGCCCCCAAGCCUGACAGGGUCACCCUGAGCCAACAUGUGGAGCAGCUGGUGGAGUCUGUUUUCAAGAACUAUGACCCAGAAGGCCGAGGCACCAUCUCUCAGGAGGACUUUGAACGUCUGUCCAGCAGUUUUCCCUUUGCCUGCCACGGCCUCCACCCGCCCCAUCGGGAGGGGGACGGUCCCUUCAGCCGGGAGGAGCUGACGGCUUACCUGCUUCGGGCCAGUGCCAUCUGUGCCAAGCUGGGCCUCUCCUUUCUGCACCCUUUCCACGAGGUCACCUUCAAGAAGCCCACGUUCUGUGGCAGCUGCAGUGGCUUUCUCUGGGGAGUCACCAAGCAGGGCUACCGUUGCCGGGACUGCGGCCUCUGCUGUCACCGCCACUGCAGGGACAGAGUGGAGGUUGAGUGCAAGAAGAAGGGGGGAGCCGGCACUUCUUCGGGGCUCCCCACUUCUGGUGAGAGCUCACUUCCCUGUGUUUCAGGUUCUGAGGAGAGUUCCUCCUACCUAUCCUCGCCGGGGCCCCAAAAGAGAAGCCACCUCCGGCACGCCUGGACCCAAACAGAGGUUCCCCUGGAGGGGUCUGCGCCAGACGAGGCCACCACCUCCGUGCUAUAGGACAGCCAGAGAGAAGAAGGCCGGGCGGACGAGGGACGGCCUGUCUGGGGGAUGUGUCUGCCCUCGGAGCCUUCCAUGUGCCCACAGG